AUGUCAUUUAUCAAAUUAAUAGGAAUAGACAAAUAAGAGAUCGAAUUUGAAGAAAAUAAAAAUAGUGUGUAUUAUAACUCACUAAUCUAAGCAAGGAAAUUAUAGUGUAGUGCAUUGCUAAACUAGAGCAAAGAAUUACUAUUAAAGUCAAAACAACAGAUCCUGAUGUAUUUUAAGUUGUAGGCAAACCAUUAGUAUUUACCGAACUUAAUUAAAAAGGAGUCCUUUCAAUCAAAGCUAAUAGUGCCAAGAAAAGAGACAAUGACAAAGAUAAAAUUCUUAUCGAAGUUCAUGAUUAUGAAGACGCUUAUGAAACACCUAAUUUAUAACCUCCAAAUAGUAUUUAACAAAUUCUUUUGACUGUUAGGGUGGGGAAUAAUAAAACUACUCAAUAAAAAAAUGAAUUAUAACAAUCUAAAAUUCAAAGUGAUAGAUUAAACAGUUCAAUUGUUGAAUCUAAAUUGUUUAAUCGAACUUCCAAAUUUGGAAAUUCUCAAAAAUUCCUAUCCUCUUAUUAUCAAUUUGACAAUAUUAUAGAAAAAUAGAAAAGUGAAUUUUUGAGCAAGUAUCAAUUAAAAAGUCAAAUCAAUACAUCUAAUCCUCUAAUUGAUACAUAAACUUAACCUUAAACUCAAUCUUAACCUUAAACUUAACCUUAAUACAAAUAAGAAUAUGAAUAAUAUUUAAUAUUAACUGAUGAAUAAGAAAAAGAACUAUUUAAAUUAAGUGAAUUGAAAAAUAAACUUUAAAGAUUAAAACUAAAAUAAUAGUAAAUAGUAGAAACACCAAAACCAAAAGCACUUAAUACUUUGCAUAUAGGUUAUGCAAUCAUAAUUGUUAUUUUAAGUUUUAUGAUUGGAAUGCUUGCUAAAACAUGA